AUGGGCGGCAAGGUCGACGUCUACAUCGAUAUCGCAUCUUUGUACAGCUACAUUGCAUUCUACCACAUAAUCCAGAACCAGGACGCUCUCGCAGCACAUGGCGUACAGAUAGACAUUCAUCCCGUCCUGCUCGGCGGCAUCAACGCCGCGUCCGGAAACAAGCCGCCAUGGACCCUCCCCGCCAAGGCCAAGUACGGCACCUUCGACGCCCGCCGCUCCUCCGUCCGCGUCGGCAAGCCCGACAUCACCACGCCCCCGGACUUCAUGGACCGCAGCAUGACGAUCCUGCCCCUCCGCGCGCUGCACUUCAUUAAGAAGAACCACCCCGCGGAAGCCUACCAGACCGCCUGGCACUGGUUCCUCCACUGCUUCUGGGAACCGCCGAACCUGAACCUCACCAAGCCCGACGUGCUGAUCAAGGCGCUCGCCGACGCUCCGCGGCAGUAUCCGCCGCAGCAAGGUGACGACGGGGCCAAGCUGUUCACCGAGGCUGACGUGAAAAAAAUCAUGGAAGGCACUGCGACGCAGGAGAUCAAGGACGCCGUGAAGGCGAGGACGCAGGAAGCGAUUGAGAGGGGUGCUUUCGGGGCGCCUUGGUUCUGGGCUGUGAACGACGAGGGCAAAGCUGAGCCCUUUUUCGGGAGUGACCGGUUUCAUUUCUUGUAUGAGUUCUUGGGGGUCCCGUUCCAGGAUGUCGCCAUCCUUCCGCCGGGAACGCAGAGGAAAGGCGCAAAGUUGUAG